AUGGGUAACAUCAUAAAUUGCUGCAACACUGCAGUGAGUCAACCAUCUUAGCUCUGGAGUGCACUCUCGGAAGAAUAGAGUCAACUAUUUCUCAAUCAAUAUGAAAAGCAGCAUCAAAUCAAUUUGGUAAAUCAAUUAAGUAUUGUGAAUCAUGCAGAAAACUUACUGAAUGCAAGCAAUGAUAGCACUAAAUAUGAAGGUCGCAUUGAUACAAGUAGCUCAUUAUAAUCUUGGACUAGAGAAACAAGCUCGCGAAUAAUUUAGAAAGAUAGAUUCGAGAGUUCUAUCAAUGUUUUUAGUGGCUAACUAGCUGAUUCAUCGAAGAGAGUGCAGUGGGACAGGCUAUACCAAGAGUUCAAUCCUUUGAAUACUUUUGGAUAGACACCUUUUGAGCAUUAUGAAGCAAUAACUAGAUAAAUAUCUGGAAUCAUUAACCCUAGAAAAACUCUGCUGAAGUCAUUGCAAAUGAAUACAUAACAAGGAAUUUACUACAAUUUUAUGAGUUCCAUCAAUGAAAAUACUCAGAGUCUGGACUAGUUGAGGUUAAAUAGAGGAUAAAGUAGCAUUACCUCGCGUCAUAGUAGACAAAACUCUGGAUAACUCAAACCCUAAAACAAAGACUAUUUCAAAGAGGAAAAUAGCACUCAAUCUCAAGAAAGCUCUAUUGCUAUGACGACCACUAAUUUCAAGAAGCAAUACACUAAUAAACAAGAAAAAAGGCCAUUAAAAGAUAUCUUUGUAGUAGAUUUCUCAUUUAUCAAACUAAAGGUAAUUUGUAAAAUGAUAAUGAGACAAAUAGGUUGA